CUCAACCAAAUAUUAUCUAAAAACACUCAAUAUCCCAAAGAUAUUUAAUUACACACAAAUCUUAUUAUGUGACUAAAAACUAACAUUUUAGUUUUUUAAAAAGAUGUCAAAGUACAAAGAGUGUCUCAAGAACCACGCCGCCGGUAUCGGUGGCCACGCCGUCGACGGCUGCGGCGAAUUCAUGCCUUCCGGUGACAUCUUCAAAUGCGCCGUGUGCAAUUGCCACCGUAAUUUCCACCGGAAAGAUACCGUCCACCACCACCAUCCAUGUGGAUAUUUUCCACAUAUUAUGCCACGGCGGAGAUCUCUAGUGUUACCCUCAACUUCUCGAGGUGGCGGAUUCCGGGAGGAUCAAGAAUUAUUAGAAAUGUGUAACCCUAAUAAAAACAUUAUUGGAACAUUACUAAAGAAGAGAUUUCGAACCAAAUUUAGCCAAGAACACAAGGACAAAAUGUUGAGAUUGGCUGAGAAAUUAGGGUGGAAGCUUCAAAGACAUGAUGAGGGAGUUGUUCAACAAUUGUGUAAUGAGAUUGGCAUCAAAAGGCAUGUAUUCAAGGUUUGGUUGCAUAAUAACAAGCACACACUAGGUAAGAAAACUAACCCUUGAUUAAUUGAUUAGUAGCCAUCUCAAGAAAGAAAGUGAAGAAAAUGUGACCGGUAUCUUAACAACUUAGUUGAUUGACUAUAUGAAUCUUUACUUUAUUGGUGAUCAGGGUUUAAUACCGCACCUUGUAAUCUUCUUCCCAUACCCCUUAAUUUUCUUUAGUAAAAUUAGAGUAAUUUUAAAAACUUCUUUAAGAAUAUGUAAA